GUGGAUGUCAUUGCCAAUAGGAGAAACACUUCACAAGCCAGACAAACCCCAUUCCAGGACCUGAGCGACCUAUUGUUAUCCUUAGAGGACUCAGUGAGUGAACAACCCAAUGACGUCAUCAACAAAAAGCUGGGGAGGUAUGACCCACCACCAGAGAGCUUUGGAGGGGGUGGAGGGAGCAGGUUCUUCAAGAAAGCUCCUCCACCUGCUGCAGCUACCAGCCAACCUCCAGCCCUGAGCAGGACUCAGACACAGCCAGUUGAGCCCACAUCCCAGAGGAGCUCACACAGCGCGGCCCUGAGCCGACUGGCUGUCAUAGAGAACUUCAUCCGAAAUCGGCAACAGGCCAGGGAUGGACCAGAGCUGUCUGCUGAUAGGAGUAUACCAACAGCCCCCCAGGAGAGGGAGAAGCCCCUGCCUGCCCAGUCUAGCAGUGACUUCAGCAUGAAGGGGAAACACUUCCUGAAGAAGACAGUGACUGCAUCACCUACACAUGCUGUAGCACCUAAAGAGAAAGGCUUGGAUCUUGAUGCCACGCCAUAGGGUCACGCUCGGAAUGUCUGAGAAAACAAAAUCAAAGGUGGAUGAUAAUGACAGCCAGUGGUACUGGAGGUUAUUUUUGGAUAAUGUUUAUACUUUACAUUGUUGAUAGGGUAGAACAUUAUUUUUUAUUUGUUUGUUUCGUUUUGCAGAAAGAACGCAAAGCGGUCAGGCACAAGGACCUAGAUAAUUUAUCGAGGAAGCUUCUAGUGAGGAGCGGAUCCCAUCAGAGGAGCCCAGGGAGGACUACAAGAGUGACUUUGAGAGUGAGAUCAGGACUGAGACAGACAGGAGUAGUGUCAGCGAGGUUUCCGAGCACCUGGGAGACAGAGACUGGGACAAAGACGAGUCAGAGGUCAGUGAGGUCAUGGACUACAGUGUCUCAGACACAUCUUGGAGGGACAAGUACUCCAAUGUCUUGGAGAAGGACAGUCAGUCCCACAUCACCCACAGACUACAGUAGAAACGCUGAUUCAUUCAGUGGCAAGAGUAGCAGGGCUUUCUAUUCCAGAUCAUCUCGCUCCCACUCUGUGGCUGACACUCUCAUGCCAUCUCAAGUUUCGGAGAGACGCUCGCCCAGCAGAAGGUGUGUGAGAGAGGCCGCGGUGCAGACCCAACCAGACGGACUGGCCUUCACCUGGUCCGCCGCCCUCAGUGCAUACAGCCCUGUUGUGUUUGUGCUCAACAACAUGCUGAGGCAGCAGCUGGCUCUCACCAGACACUUUGUCCAGACCAGCCGCCACCUCCACUCCUCCCUGCUGCAGGCUACACAUACACCACCCUGGAGGACACCAAGGAGCUGUCACACGCCUCCCAAGCUGACCAUGGAGGAGAUUCUUCAGGAAAUGAGGGAGUACCACUACAUCUGAACACCUGGCACUGAGAAUGUAUGGACACUUUACCAUUGUGCUAUUAAAAAACAUUUUAUACCAGAGACGAUUUUUUCUAAUGAAAAAACAUGACAUAUGUAUUUAAUUUGUUGGGGCUUGUGAAUAUACCUAGAUCAAAAACAGAUAAUGUACUCAAAUGUGCCAUACUUUCUGUAGAAGUAUAGAAUUGUAUACAGAUCAAUGAGGAUAUAUAUA